CUGUGUAACGGCGGGCGCUCUCCUCCUCCAGGUCUCCCCCGUGCCCACCCCGAGAGCUACCACUCCUACAUGUGGAACAACUUCUUCAAGCACGUCGACAUCCAGCCCGCCAACGCUCACAUCCUGGAUGGCAACGCAGACGACCUGCAGGCAGAGUGUCAGGCCUUCGAGAAGAAGAUUGCAGAAGCUGGAGGGAUCCACUUGUUUGUUGGGGGCAUUGGACCCGAUGGCCACAUUGCAUUCAACGAGCCAGGAUCCAGCCUCGUCUCCAGAACCAGAGUGAAGACCCUGGCCAAGGACACCAUCGUGGCCAACGCUCGCUUCUUUGGCAACGACCUCGCCAAGGUCCCCACCAUGGCUCUCACUGUUGGAGUCGGGACGGUCAUGGAUGCCAAGGAGGUCCUGAUUCUCAUCACCGGCGCACACAAAGCCUUUGCUCUCUACAAGGCCAUUGAGGAAGGUGUCAACCACAUGUGGACAGUCUCCGCCUUCCAGCAGCAUCCGCACACCAUAUUUGUUUGUGAUGAAGAUGCAACACUGGAGCUACGGGUGAAAACUGUCAAAUACUUCAAAGGUCUGAUGCAUGUCCACAACAAACUGGUGGAACCGCUGCUCAGCAUAAAGGAGCAGUAAGACUUCAAUGUUGUUACACGCCUCCUCAACAACCACAUGUUUACCAGGUAACCUUUGAAAGGACGGUCACAUGUUCUGUGUCAAGACCCACAGGGGCCCGGAGCAUACCCAUACCCUACCUGACUCAUGGGCAGAUGUUACAGUACUUAGUGGACCUUGCAUGCAGUUACAAUUGCAAGGCACUAGAUGGCAGUUGGGACAAGAGCAGCGUGUUAAAGAGCCGCACUUGGCGGGUGUCAAAGUUGUCCGUAAUAAAGCCAACACAACUGAA